UAUAACAAACAUGAACAAAACGAAGUAGAAGACAGCUCCUCUCUACUUGAAUGUGUCCGUGUUCUUCAAAGGUAUUUUGCGAUUUUGACGGAUUUUUUUGCGGAAGGAAUCUAAUUUCGGAGGAAUCGACUAGCAAGACCAGCAGGUUGAGGCUGCAGGAUCUGCGAGGCUGACUCAGCCCAGGAAGCUACACGACAGGCCUUACACGUGUUUUCACCAUUUUUACCAACUUCCCCCCACAAACGAACUUUAGCAUGAUGUCGUAUCUCAAGCAACCGCCCUACACGGUCAAUGGGCUGAGUUUAACAGCGUCGGGAAUGGAUCUGCUACACCCGUCCGUGGGGUACCCAGCGACUCCUCGGAAGCAGCGGCGAGAGAGGACCACUUUCACCCGAGCGCAGCUCGACGUGCUGGAAUCCCUGUUCGCCAAGACCCGGUACCCCGAUAUAUUCAUGCGGGAGGAGGUGGCUCUGAAAAUCAACCUGCCCGAGUCUCGAGUCCAGGUUUGGUUCAAGAACCGGAGGGCAAAGUGUCGCCAGCAGCAGCAGCAGCAGCAGAACGGAGGCCAGAGCAAAGUGCGUCCAGCCAAGAAGAAGAGCUCUCCCUCAAGAGAGGCCAGCUCCGAGAGCGGGGCCAGCGGCCAAUUCACACCGCCGGCCAGCACCUCCACCCCGGCCAUCCCCAGCAGCAGCGCGCCUGCGUCCAUCUGGAGCCCGGCGUCCAUCUCCCCACUGUCCGACCCGCUCUCCACAUCCUCGUCCUGCAUGCAGAGGUCAUACCCCAUGACCUACACCCAGGCGUCGGGGUACAGCCAGGGCUAUGCCGGCUCCACGUCCUACUUCGGAGGGAUGGACUGCGGGUCCUACCUCACCCCGAUGCACCACCAGCUCUCAGGGCCAGGCUCUGCACUGAGCCCAAUGAGCAGCAACGCUGUGAGCAGUCACCUCAACCAGCCCCCCACCUCCCUCUCUGCUCAGGGCUACGGGGCCUCGGGGCUCGGCUUCAACCCCACCUCUGAAUGCUUGGAUUAUAAGGACCAGGCAGCUUCCUGGAAACUGAACUUCAACUCUGAUUGCUUGGAUUACAAAGAUCAGGCUUCAUCGUGGAAAUUCCAGGUUCUGUGAACCAACCAACCAGCCAACACAAAAACAAACAGACAAGACAUAAGAAAUGAGUAAUUAUAAUGAACAGACUGAACAUUCUGAGCUGGACUCACAGGAUUUGCUUUGCAGAGGGGAGGGGGUGGGCUGUCUGGGUUAGCCGACUGUGUGAGACUCCCCCAUUUACCACUGCAUACUCCUAAUCCCUUUUUUGGUUAUCACUUUGGAAAAGGGGCCAUUUAGUAUCCAGCACUAGCCAAUAAACUGUUAUUAUUGUUCUCAUCCUUCUUCUUCUUCUUCUUCUUCUUAUUAAUAACCGUGAAGUACACAGACAGGCGGCUGUUUCUGAUUGUGUGUGUCUCCUAAUGGCACCUGUUGUUUUUUUCACGAAACUUUGGAAAGAACUCUGUACAAACACGACUCAAAAUAUAUUUAUAUAUAGCCUAGCCAGGAGAACCAUCGCUUGCUUACAGACUCAGAAUGGGUGGGGUUUCCCUAAAAGCUCCUUAAUUCCCGACUAGCACCCUGGUUGGCACACCAAGAGACUUAACACCAGGAGCUGGGUCGGGUCGGGGCAGGGCGGGGCAGGGUUGUGUGGACUGCUCGACUACUUGGGUGUGGUAGAUGCACUACUUUAUUUAAGAAAAAAAAUGUUUAUAAGGAGUCAAUAUGUAGUUUUUAAGAGACAAUCAGUGUAUGUCUUAUCAAUAGUACAUGUGUGUUUUUUAUCUGUGCUAGACUUCAAAACUGUGAUCUCUUGUAUUGUUUGCAAGUCGUUGGUGUGCUUCGCACCAGCGGGCUUCCUCUGCUGUGAUUUGAUUAGGGUUUCAUAAAUUUUGUGUUGUUUUAUUUGUUUUAUUAUUAUAGUAUGAUUAAGAAAAGAAAAAAAAGUACUUUUUUUUAAGAGAUAAGAAAACCUGGGUGCCCCUAUGCAAGGACGCCGGGGAGACUCUGAAUUGAAGACGAGCUCUAUUGCACUGUAAAACCUCGUCCAAACUAUUGCCUCUCUCCCUUCCCUCUCCCUCCACCCCUGUAGCCACUACAUACACCCUAUUUAAUAAUGGCACGGACCUAUUCAAGUCUAGUCAUUCCGGACCGAUGGCGAUAAACCAACGGCUGGAAUAAUAAUUUAAAAGUAAAAUGGACAUUAAGAUCUCGGUGUUCUUGUGACUGUUUCUUUGAGAGUGGGUUACUAUUAGUGUGUGUGUGCGUGUGUGUGCGUGUGUGUAUGUGUGUCAUUGUGUGUGUGUAUGUGUGUUUGCAGUUGUUUAUAGAAUAUUAUUAUAUAUAAUUAUAUAUGCAUAAACGUCAGGCUUGAAUCCCGCACUACAUUAAAGUAGUUCUAGCACAAAUCCGAUUGUCUUCCACUUUCAUAAACGGAAAUAAAGACAGAAAUAAAGAUUUGCUGUUUUAUUAUUUAUUUUUAAUGGACAAUGGUAUUGGGGGUCGGUCCGGCCAACGCUAUUAAAGGCUUGUCUGCAAAUGACUGGACAGGUAUAACCAUGCAUUAAUUACCACAGAGCGGUUGGUUUAUUGCGGCUGAACCUGUGGAUAGAAAUCCAACUUAAUCCCGCGCUAAGGAACACUGUGGAAAUACACCAAUGACUAUUACUGCCGUUUAAAAAAACGAUGAAAUACGCAAUACACAUUUCAACAAGACAAAAUAAGCAGGUCCUUCAUGAGAUUGCACGCAUUUCACAAAGCGGCGUGCAAGCGCGGUGCUGAGCGCUUCUGUUAAGGCAUGCGUGCGCAGAGUUGAGCUCCUUGCGCCCGAUUAAAAAGAUCAGAUGCGUGGGUUUACAAUGAAAGAAAGGGGUUCAGCUCAGGUAUCCAUCCGACUGACCGCGUUUUAACAAAAAUGGGACGCGAGAGUAAAGUGCUUUUGUGUACGUUUUCACAAGUCUCUGAUUGAGAAGGGCGGACAACAAAAUAACAGUGUGCCAGCUUUCUUUACAAUGCGGAAACUACCGGGCCUGUUUCCGAAGAGCCUGUUUUAUUUUGUGUUUUGAUCAGGGCAUUCCUGUAAGAAACGGGGCGGCUGGGUGUAACUGGAAUCUGACGGGAAACCAUGCAGAAAAAAAACAAAGACAGAGCCUCCAGAAUCGCACACCUGUGAUUGUAUAGACUUUUGUUCAUCCAUUUAAAGAACGAACGGGCGAGGCACUCACUACUAAAUGUAUAUAUCACAAUAAACCACACUGCUGCGGGUGUGUUUUAUAGGCUCCGUCACAUUGCUAUAAGGCAUUUUAAAUAGUGUGUAUGUAUAAUUUAGCAGCUGUUAUUACACUAAGAGAAGGCUGAUUCAAGCAGCAGGUCGGUGUGCUGUAGCGUUAUCUUGUACGAUGAUCACAGCAGAACGCGUGGCAGUAAGAGCGCUCCACGCCGGGUUUUCAGUCGCUAGAUGAGAUCUCUGAGUGGUGUGUAUUUUAAACAUGGUGAAUGAAUUCUUCUUUUGUCCCUGUUGAAGCCCUUCAUGCUGUAAUCAGUGUUUCAUUGCGGUAUUUAUUGCUCCCUUGAUUAAAGAUUGCCAGGUGUGGAAUACAAUAUAAAGCUGUUGUUGUUUGACUAGUCUGUUCUGCGCAUCCUCUUCAAACUCUUGUAAGAUCUCAUUUUAUCAUUUUACCAUAUAAAAACAAAAAAACAAACAGUUGCGUCCAGCGAGUUGCCAGAGGA